GUCUCUAUUCUGAAACCUGAUGCGCUUGGAACCCAGAAAAGAGUCACUCAGCGAGUAGCUUCGUGUGACCAGGUCUGGAAGUGGGUCUCAAUUCAGUGUUUGUUGAAAGUGGGUGCAUAGUAGCCGUGAGGUCGAGAGGGAGCUGGUGUGUGUGAGUUGCAGAGAUGGCAGCGAGAGGCGCGUCCCCAGGGCAUGUGCAGGAGCUGUUUGUGUACGAGAUCAAUGAGCGCGACCGUGGUAGUCCUGUGUUCUUGCCCUUCGGAGGAAAGAAACAGCCGGGGACUGAUGCGCAUGUCAACAGCCUCGGGGACCUUGUGCCGUUCUCUAACAAGAUAUAUGACGGGUCAUUGAAGACUAGGCUGGGAAUCACGGCGGGUCUCUGCACGCUGAUCUCUCACAGCGACCAGAAGAACGGUGAUCGCUACGAAGCCUUGUACUCUUUCUACUUCGGCGACUACGGCCACAUCUCCGUUCAGGGGCCAUACAUCACAUACGAGGACUCGUACCUCGCGAUCACGGGAGGCUCGGGGAUCUUCGCGGGCUGCUACGGUCAGGCGAAGCUGCACCAGAUCAUCUUCCCCUUCAAGCUCUUCUACACGUUCUACCUGCAAGGAAUUAAAAAGCUCCCAGAAGCGUUGUGCGCCCCGUGCGUGCCGCCCUCGCCGUCCGUGGCUCCAGCUGAUGAGGCUAAGCAGUGUCUUCCCAACCACGUCGCACCCAAUUUCACAAAAUAGACACGAUUUCUCCCCAUCGAACCCGCCAUCGGGUGCGUCGACUCCUCGAUGUAAGCCAACGCUGCGCAGGACCCAUAACGGCUGGCGCUGCAGCACCGGCUCUUCUAGCCAGCGCGCUAGUCGAGCAGCAGCGACUCAAACCAGUCGAUCAAUGUGGAUUCGAAUACAUAAAACUGUCAAUAUAAUACAAUAUCUCUUCUUCUCAAGCUAUUCCACUGCUUGUGCUCACAUGUUAUAUUGGUGGAAGAAUUCCAAGCCAUGGUGCACCAAUGGGUGUUAAGAAAGUGCAUUUUUUAUCGCUUAAGUUCUAGAAAGAAGCGCACGAGGUCAAGACUGUGGUGAUAAUGUGUUGGUUCGGUGAUUUCGAGGUUGAUAUGAAUUGUUGGGAAAGAUUUUUGGCACUUUGUUGCUAAUGAAAUAGCUAACGAGUAUGAUGGAUAGGGAUUUGAAGAUGAUUUGAAGAUGACGUGGAGAAUAGUUUAUAAUUCCUCUGUUUCUGGUGGACGGCAUGUGACAUCUAGAGUUUUAGGAGUAUGCAAUGUUUUGAUUUAUCUGACAUAUAUGUGAGUAUGUCUGAUAAAAUUCUACUUGUGAAUAGAAGUAGAUUGUGAAACUUGCAGAAAACUUAUACUACUUAAUGAUUUUUAAGAUUGGAAAUUAAGAUUAUG